AUGUCAACUCCAGCAAGAGGAACCCCUGCCGCCCCUUCAACCGCACCCACCACGGCACACAUCGAAAAGAACAAGAACAACAACAGGAACCGCGGUCCCCGAGGCGACAGUCGAACUGUCCGACUCUCCAAAGCCCUCGCGUGGCUCCUGCGACACAACGCCGUCUCGCAGGGGAUCGCUAUCCGCCCUGACGGAUAUGUCGGGAUCAACGCUGUCCUGGGUCAUCCCAAGUUCAAGGACUUCACGCUAGACGAUAUUAUCAAGGUUGUUGAUACCAAUGAGAAGAAGCGGUUUGAGAUCUUGGAGGAUGCCCAAGGUCAGAAGGCGUAUAUCCGUGCUGUUCAGGGCCACAGUAUUGCCGUGGUUGAUGAACUAGGAUUUGACGAGAUUACUGAUAUUGCUCAGAUCCCGACUGCAGUCCAUGGAACCAUGUUCAGCAAGUGGCGCUUCAUUAGCGAGAAAGGUCUGUCCAAGAUGAACAGGAACCAUAUCCACAUGGCUCACGGUCUUCUUGGAGAGGAUGGUGUGGUCAGCGGCAUGCGACAGGGCAGUGACUUGUACAUCCACAUUGACACUGUCAAGGCUCUUGGAGAUGGAAUCAAGUUUUACAGGUCGACGAACAAUGUGAUCUUGUCGGACGGCAAGAACGGCGAUGGGCUCAUCCCCCCUACUUACUUUUCUCGCGUUGAGCGAUCAACGGGUGAGGUCAUCUACCCCAAGCCUGCGGCAUGA